AUGCCACCUAUAAAAGUAUCAGAAGGCCGAAGACGAGUUGCGAAAGCCUGCAUCCUUUGUCAGACUGACAAGAAAAAGUGCGAUGGCCUCUGUCCCUGUGGGCAGUGUAUCAAGCGCGAGCGAUCUACCUCGUGUGCUUAUUCAUCUCACAAACGCCUAUACGGACGUCAGCGGCGAUGGCCAAAGGAUGUAGAUAUGACCAUUCCUGUGCCUACCCAGAAUGAUGUGGUAGAGGCAGAAAACUCACCUUUUGGGCGUACCAACUUGGAAAGCCGGCGGCCCCCCGGGCAUGGCCAUGACGAGCGAAAUAGUCCAGUGGGCAAAUAUAUCGUGAUCCCAAAGCUUCCCAACACCAUGCGUGAUACGAAAGGACGAGAAAUGUAUCUUGGAGACUGCGCAGCGCUCUCUUUCCUACAAAAUAUACAAGAGCUCAUUCAAGGCGAACAAGAGCUCGCCAAUGCAGCGAAAGAUCUCUCCUCUUUAUCAGUGUUGGAAGAGGUUGAAUCGACGGAUAGCGAAAGCGUUCUAGCUUAUAGCAAUGCUAAUCUCAGUGACUUGGAAGCUCUGGUGAGGGCAUUCUUCACUUCGACAUGUGGUAUCCUUGACAUUAUGGACCGGUCGACAAUUGACGACUUACUUAGUCGCUGGAUUAGUGGAAAUAUUUCAGUCACGAGCAGUAGCGCCGCUCUACUAUACCUUGUGCUUGCAUAUGCGGCGCAGGUGCGCAGCGAAUCUGCACAGGACACUCAUCGAUCACAAUCAUUCUUCUAUCAUGGUCGACGAAUCGCGCUUAUAGAGCUGACGGAGUAUCCUACCAUGGAAACUGCCCAAGCUUUCACGUUGAUAAGUUUGUAUAUGCUUGGCUGUUGUCGGCGCGAUGGAGCGUAUUUGAACCUGGGUAUUGCGAUUAGUGCAGCAAAAUCUCUGGGAUAUCAUCGACCAGAAGCUGCUUUCUCUCAGUGUGAAGAGGAUAAACGGUUAAGGAAGCGAAUAUGGCGUACUUUGUGCUAUCACGAUUUAUUUUUUUGCGCAAUGAUGGGCCGCGCCCCAUUGACAUCUGAUACAGACUCAUCAGAAGAGCGAGACACGCAGCGACCUGACCCGAGCCACCCCGAUAAAUGUCAGCAACUUGGACUUUACGAAUCGGCGCGAGCUUUUUCCAUUCUAAAACAAACAGUGCUAGAAAUAUACACAAAACAUUCAGCACCGCUACAGUUGCUUCAAAAUCUUUCUCGACAGCUUCGUGAAAUGGGAACAGAGCUGCCUAUUGAACUUCGCAGUAUCAAUCCUUCCGCAUUUCCAGAGCAUAAAUGUCCCAAGACUAGGCAGCUCAUAAUAAGGAAUGCUAGUGUCGCCUGCAGUUAUUAUUUCAGUAUGAUGCUGCUGACAAGACCAUUUCUCAUCGCCUGUCUCAGGGCUAAAUAUGAUAAAUCGCCAGGGGCGCCUCAAAGCUGCGAGCAGCGUGCCAGUCAUGAAGAUUCCUCGAAGGCUGACACCAGUAUUAUAUUUGGUGCUAUGACCUCAUAUGACACUGCUCUCAAGGCAAUCCGGCUUCUUCAUGAGCUGUAUCUGUCUGGGAUACUCUACAAUAAUAUGCCUCUUGUUGUUGCAUGGGUAUUUGUGUCGGCAUUAACCGUUUGCGCCGCCUACUUCGGCCGGUUAGGCGAUGCAACAGAAUGCGAACUUGCAAUUUACAAAGCAAGUGAGGUGUUGCAACAUUUCAUGGGACACAGCCCACAGGCAAAACAGUAUGAUCUUAUUUUGAAAAGGCUUUCCCGGGUUGCAUUAGGGUGCAUAAGUGCGUCGGGAAAUCAACUUCGCAGCAAUGAAGGGCUAUUUUGGUCCGACUUAUUUAGGUUAACCCCAGCGCAUCUUUAUCACUUUAAGGACGAGGAAGAGUUUCUUGGUUUGAGUGCUGGCAUACAAAACGGAUUGGCCUUACCAGAAGGAAGUUGCCCCGUCGCAUCAAUAUCUAGCCCGCCGCAGUGCGCCACGCGCCUACAUCCUCAUUUGGAUGACAUUUUUUAUUUUCCAGAUGGGGCUUAUAAAGAUUUUUCUAAUUACAUUCUCAUGGCUGAGGGCCUACUUUUGGAACAAGAGAAUUCUUUUUUUUAA